AUGUCCACUCUGGCAGCGGAUCUUUCCUUUGACUUCACAUUCCCGCCCUGCGAGCCUACCACACCUCCGAGCUUCUCUUUUGACCCGUCGCUUCUUGACAUCCCGUACAACCCUGGACAUGCUCGGUCCAGCUCGCAAGGCUCCGUCUACUCUUUCGAGUCGUCGCCCCCCGACUCGACACUUGACUGCCCAAGCACGCGGAUGACCACGCCGGCGAGGUCACCUAUCCGCACCCACGGUCCCCUGUUGCUGCCUAAGAUCCGGAGCCAGGACCAGGCGAUCGGCCACGCGGCCCCUCGCCCCGUCACAGCCUCCCCUCUCAAGCGCAUGAGGAUAUCUCCCGCCCCGAGCCGCCCCAACAGGUUCAGGCCCAGCCACGCGCGCAGCUACACCAACCCGGAGACCAUUCGGUACAGCUCCAAUGUCUUUUGCCCUCAGCCCAUGGCCGUGCAGCCCCUGCACGUGUCGGGCAUGAUCGAGGAUGCCGCCAGCUCGUCGCAGCUGCUGUGUUCCCCCGUGUCCUUCGCCCCAUCACAAGAAUCCGCCAUCGCCAUGCCGCCAAGGCGUGCGUCUUCGUGCGGCCUGGUCGACGGCUUCCCUGUGUACCGGCAAAUGUCGUCGUUCAACAUGGCUACCACCACGGCGCCUGGAUCCAUGUCCGUCAUGCAGCCGCAGACCCUCAUGCCCCAGGCGGACUCGUCCUUCUUCUACCACCACCAGCCACAGCAGGCGUAUGCCCCUCGCGAGUCCUCCCCGCUCGCGUCGGCUGCCUUCACUCCCGAGGUUUCGGCCCCCACGCCUGGCCCAACCCGCACACUCCUUUCGUACCUCUCCAGCGCAAACCCGGCUCCGGCCCUGGUGCGCACCAUCUCCUUCCCUCUCAGGGACCCGCACACGAAGCACUUCUGGUGGGACGUGCGGCAGGUGCGGCCGUGGACGAGCUUCAACGCCUCGAGCGUCUUGGCCCUUCCCGGCGCCGCCGCUCUCCUCUCCAUGCCGGUGCCGGCCUCGCUCCUGCCCAGCGCGCCCGUGACACAGCGCCACCCGGAGACCGAGGCGGCACUGCACGCGGCCUACGCGAGCUUCUACCUGCCCAAGCUCAACGCUGCGCUGGCCUUGUCGAGUGACAGGCCGCUGCAGCUGUCAGUGCCUACCAAGAGCGGCGCGGCGGGCGCGUCGUCGUCCGAGUGCGCCUUUGUGGCCAACGUCAGCGGCGAGUCAUCGUCGGCGGCGGCCAUCUUCGGCGGCAAGCCGACGGGCCGCGUGGUGGGCCUCGUCAAGAGCUUUGACAGGUUCAACACGGGCAUGCGCGUCGAGGGCAACAUCAAGCGCGUCGAGUACCUCAGGGGGCUGGCACACCUGCACCACGUGAUGCGUGAGCACGGAUGCCGCUACGGCUUCAUCCUCACCGAGAUCGAGCUCGUGUUUGUCAGGAACGGCGCCGAGGGCACUCCGCACUUUGGCUACCUCGAGGUGGGGAGCACGCAGCUGGCGGCGCAGGGCGGCGACGAGGACGCCGGAAACGGCCUCUCCUCGCCUUCGCUCACGGCCUGCCUGGCGCUCUGGGGUCUCUGCAUGCUCGCCGGCGACGAGGCCGCCCCCGGCCACGCGCACUGGCGCAGCGAGAUCGGGGCGCCCGCCGAGGGGACGCGGCGCAAAGCCCUCCCCCGCGACGACUGGAUGCCGCAGCCACAGCUGGCGGAGAAGCGUGAGGCCAAGAGGGCGCGCGGCUGGGUGCUUCCCGAGGACGCCGUCGGGCGCAAGGAGCUCGGCAAGCGGGGCGUGAGGUAUGGCGGCUGCUGA